CGUGACACCAUUACUGAUGUUUUUAGAUUUGUAAUGACCAUUGCUUUGGUUGUAAACUUUCCCAUUACUUAUGUGAUUGUCUUCUUUAUUACUUUCCGAUAAGGUUCUUAGUGGAUUAACUAUAUGAUUAUCAGUACAACUGGUAUCAUCUACCUUCGUCGCCAUCCUUGUGAAACUGAACUUGGUUUGACGUUUGGUUGACUAUCGGAAAAAAAAGACAUGCAUAUGACCAACCAAACAAACCAACACAGUAAUCAAAAAACUAGCAAAUAAAUAAAAAGCAACCAUAUCAGUAGAUAAUAACGUUUAAUUUGGUUUAAGAGAAUAAAAACUAUUCGAACUGUUUUACCGACAUUGUUGUUCCUUUUUUAUUAGUCUUUAUUUUAAGUUAAAGUAUUUCAGAUCAUACAGCCACAUGAAUGUACUAUCAAUAGUAUUUUAGCUUUAUUGGAAAACUAAUAUUAGAAACCUAAACCUAUAAAUCUUAUGCAGGGAAUCUUCGCUAUAUGGCUACUAUUAUUAAAAUUUCACAGAUACGUACAAUUCAGUAUGUACUUCGAGAAUACGUCAUGGUGUAGAUUCGGUUAUUCCCGCUAAUCAACUUUGUACCCUCUGGUGACAAGUGGUCUAACAAAAAAUCCCAUACGUUGCCCCGUAUGGCGAAUGGCAUUUCAUUUAAGAAAAUAUCAAGGCGUUGUAAAGGUACGGAACGUAAUCUUGCAAUAGUACCACACUAUAGAAACAAACAAAGUGUCAAAGUGAGCCUUCGUCGGUAAAACAGCAUCUUUUAUUCCGCAAUAGAGAUUUCUGAAAAGUCGAUAAUUUCCAUUCUUUUCCUUUUGACUAAAGUCCUUUCAACUAGUUUUGAAUAUAUUUUGAAGUACCUAUUUGAAUUUCAUUCUAUUUAUUCGGAAUUUUCUUCAAAACGUAUAUCCAUAUUUCAUAAAUUUGAAUAUUGGCGAAAGGUGCCGCCCCCGCUGCAUUUGACGGUCGGAGGGGCCGGCUAUGAGUAAUACAGUUUUUCGUAUUGAGUGACGUCGUGCAGUGCAGGCGGCUGGCCGGCAAGCGACUCGCAAACAUCAGUCUGAUACGUCGGAGAGGCACGGAAGGACCCGCCCUCGACAUUAGUUCUUCGCACUCGCGCUUUUAUCGCACCCUAUUGAUCACGCGGACGCACUACUUUGCUAAUCUGAAAGAAAAAAAAUAAACGAGAAGACACAAUGGACAGUGCCGACUCUUUAUUGGGGGGGCUAGCGAGCGGCGAUAGCGUUCCUCCAGCAGCGGCGGCACCCCGCGCAGAACCCGCUCUUAAACGCGAACAGGACUCCACAGACGACUUCGAGCAUCUCGAACGCGACAGGCAAGAGGCGGGGGAGUCUCCGCUGCACCAGCACCGCGUCGCUUCACAGAGCUUCCUGGACAUGGAGCGCGACGAGUUCAUGGACCCGCCUCGCGUGCCCUUGGGUGCCGACAAGCUGGUCGAUCAGCUCGCUGAUAAGUUCACCGACAGCGAGUCGGACGCCGACACGGCAGGCGAGUCACCGCUGCACCGCCCGGAGCCCCUGAGGGCUAGCGCUCCCGUGAUGGAGCCGCUGGCGCCCGCGGCUGUGGACCCCACGCCCGUGCUGGCACCGGCCCCGGUCGCGGCCCCCGCCCCCGCCCCCGUUGCUCCAUCGGCCGCCACUCUACCGCCGAAGCCUGCACCAGAACCGAUCCCUGAAGCGAAGCCGGAGCCCCCGCGCGUGCCCACCCCGGAACCACCGAAGCUUGAACCCAAGCCGGAGCCGCCGAAAGUUGAGUUCAAACCGGAGCCGCCGAAGCCUGUGGCGACCCCGCAGCCCGAAGCAGCGGCCCCCAAGCCGAAGCCAGCCCCGCCGGCGAAACAGGAGGUGGUUCAUCAGCGCACUCCCACGGCGCACAUCAUCGAGGCUGAAGUCAUAUUCUGUCAGAUGGGACUUGAUGCUUGGUUCGACCCCCAGAGGCUACACCCCGAAGUGGAGUCGCUGAUCUACUGGCGCAACGCGGCGCGGUCGGGGGCGGCGCUGGGCGCGGGGCUGGCGCUGCUGGUGGCGCUGGCGUGCUGCAGCGUGGUGUCGGUGCUGGCGUACGGGUCGCUGCUGGCGCUGUCCGCCGCCGUCGCCUUCCGCAUCUACAAGAACGUGCUGCAGGCCGUGCAGAAGACCAACGACGGACACCCAUUCAAAUGGUUGCUGGAGAAGGAAGUGAGUGUCCCCGCGGAACGGGCGCAAUCACUCGCCGCCGCCGCCACCGCGCACCUCAAUGCGGCACUGCACGAGCUGCGCCGACUGUUCCUGGUUGAGGACCUGGUGGACUCGCUGAAGUUCGGCGUGCUGCUGUGGUGCCUCACCUACGUGGGCGCCUGCUUCAACGGUAUCACACUCAUCAUACUCGGGUGGAUAGCGCUGUUCACGCUGCCGAAGGCUUACGAGAUGAACAAGGCGCAGGUGGACGCCAACCUCGAGCUGGCGCGCGCCAAGUUCAACGAGAUCUCUGCCAAAGUACGUGCGGCAGUACCGCUGGGGCGGAAAGCGGAAGACAAGGACAAGUAGAGCGGCGCUCUCGCUCGCACACCGCGCCACUGGGGGGGGGGGGGGGGAUAUAAGGGGGGGGGGGUGAACUUAUCGCUUUCUGACACAUGAACACACUGCGUGGACUGUCGAGUGCGGCUUAAGCCACGUCUGUCUACGAACUAUUAUUGAAUUAAAUUAUUAUUACGCAUUUUCUAAUGCUACGUUUUCAUUUGUAAAUACGAUUAGAUUUUAUACUGGGAGCGUCCUGCGGCGGGCGCGGCACGGUGCGGUUCGAGGUUCGGUUCGCGGUACGGUUUUCAGUAUGAAAUUUGAAUGUUUCGCGUCUUGUUAGGAUAACGAAUUCGAAUGUCUAUUUAUUACUGGAUAUAAUUAUUGUCGAUGAGAAAAUAAAUGCUUUCAGUGCCUGUUCCUCGAAUAUAGUUUUCUUUUUUGUUUUUUAAAUGAUAAUGUUUUAUUAUUAUUAAAAUUGUUGUUAUUAUAUGUAUCGGGUCGGUCACGUUCGCAUUCGCUUCUAAAUUUAUAAUCAGCUUGAGCAUUACCUGAGAGAUGUUAGAGUUGUCUCCGAAUGUUUCCCGCGGCGGGGGCUCCGCAGUUCAAAGAGUUCCCGGAGCCCCUCCGACGGAUGUGUUGGACGUUUUCUAUGUGGGUAUUGUAGCAGUCGAUGUUAUAUCUCGGUAUUCAGCAAAAAUGAUGUGUGCAUACAACUUGACAGUUUGUAAAAAGCGUAUUAUAUUAUUAUUAUUAAAAUAAAGAUUUUUUCUUAAAAAAAAC